ACCAAAAGCAGGCGCUCCAUACAUUCAUUUAUUGGAUGUAACAGGUUCAAAUUCCUGUUUCGAUUACUUAGUUGUCUUGUUUUCAUGCUUGAGUUAUCGUUACUUGUUGUCUAGUUGCUUACUUAAUUUCAGCACUAAAACAUGCCACUUCCUAAACAUACAGUUCAGCCAGUCAAACUCAGUCAGGUAGUCGUCCCGGAUGGCGUUGACAAUGAGUUGGAAUUUGUGGUUAAUUCCACAAUAUGCAAUGUCAUGCGACAAAUAGCGUCAGUUAGCCGUUUAGCUAAUACUAUGUUCGAAGAACUCACUACCGAUUUAUCUCGACUAGUUGAGCGAACUGUUCGAAUACAAAAUCGUCUUGGAAAACUUCAUGAAGAUAUGCAAAUAGCGCGCAACGGAGACGAAGAUCUUACUGCUGGAGUACACGAGGUUGAAAUCCCGGUGUUCACUAGCAAAAAGCCAACCGACAGUCAAGUGUUAAAUCAAAAUACCAUACCCCCUUCAAUGCGGUCACUCUAUGAUCAAGCAGAACCAGCUCCAGCGCUCCAACAAAUGGAUGAACUCAGAGAUGAUAAGAAAACCAGCAUGAGAUUGUAUUCAGAUCCCAGCUUUUUCUUCGAUUUGUGGAGUCAAGAAAUGUUGCAGGAUCACAAACACAAAAAAGCUGCUAAGAAAAAGAGACCAAAAGUAAAGGGGAAAUCUGCUCCACUUAAAAGUGCAUCUAAUCAAGGAGCUCAAAAAACUCAGCUGAUCAUUCAGCAGCCAGGAGUUGGUGGUCAUAAUCUUCCUGCACCGUUAUUUGAGCAAAACGGCUCCGUUAAUAUCAGUACUCAUAUGGAUAGAAAUGUCAGUAUUGUCAACGGCAAACCAAACCAACAGCAGUUUCUGAAUAGUAGUGAUUUCGGAAAUACUCUACCACCUCCACCACCACCACCAAGUGCUCUUCAUUCGUUAAAUCAAGGUGAUAAUGCGAAGGAUAUUCAACCUGUAUCUCAUCAAAAGAGUGAUUAUCACCCAAUUAGACAUGACCUUGAGGAUGCCGGUCAGUUUUCUUCAGUUACCAACCAUAGUUAUGCUAACCACGACCCUUCAUCAGCUCAUCAGAUGGCUCUUCCUGACCCGCCCACACUUCCUACACAGAUGGCAUCUCAUAUUUUACCACCACCAGUUCCAGCGUUCUUGAGUGACGAGGAGUUAACAGUCUCAGGCAUAAACAGAAAUCCACUUCUGAAUGAUAGUGCUGUCAAUCAACACCCCUCGGCACAAGAUGGAAAUAAUAGGAUAUGUUCACCCAUACAAAUGAAUGAUGACAAAAAGUCUCAGUGCAUUAAUUCUGUAGGUAUGGAAUCACCAUCAUCCUUACUACAUAAUCUUCCUCCUCCUCCUCCUGCACCGAUUUUCGAGUCAAAGAAUUUCAGUGAGCCUUGUAAAUCCAUCAGUCAGCCUAGCGAGUCGAAUACUUGUGAUGAUAAAUCCAUUUCUUCGACUCUCCUUCCGGCUACAUCUUAUGUUGUUUCGUCACCCGAAAUAUCUGUUCCAUGCUCACCUCCACCCCCGCCUCCCUUUCUACCGACUCAGAAUAUUGGGUCUGAAAGUUCAAACAACCAAUCAAAUUUACAAACUAAGGAUAUUGUCACACGAUCCGGUGUACCUCAGUGUCCUCCGGCUGAUCUACUUUCUGCUAUACGUGCUGGUUGUCAAUUACGCAAAGUAGGAGAACGAAAUCUACCUGACCAAUCAAAAUGUAGUCGUGCAAACAGUUUGUCGACUUUGAUAAACAAACCUAAAGAUGUUCAAGCAAUUUAUGAAGCUGUUAGACGUCGUCGGGAAUGUAUGGAAAAUAAUUCUUCGGAUGAUGAUGAUGACGACAAAGACUCAGAUAAUAAUUCUUCCGGUUGGGAAGACUAGGACUUUCCAAAAUACCGAAAAAUAUAUUCGACCAUAUGUUGCUGUUUCGUCUAAUCGUUUACCAGUAACAUGCGUUUUCUCAACACUUGAUACCCACUACUGUAUAUUUUCUAUCCCUACUUGUCUUUCGAUAAAUCCUAAUUUUGUUCUGUUUACGUUCUCAGCUUUUCCCCUGAUUGUCAUUUUAUUAGCUGUAUAUACAAGUAAAAUUCUGUUCACAUAGGUAUAUACCAACAUGUCUUCGUUUACCCCAAGGUAGAGAUGUUUUCUUUGAUUAUUUGCUUUGCUGCAAAAAUUUUAGGGGGGUUUUGGCGCAUUACAAGUAAUGUUUUGUGUUUUUUCGAUAAAUUCAAGGUUUUUUUUUAUGAAGCCCACUCAUUGAUUUUACAAAUUGUUUACCUGAAAUUGUUUUGUUAUCCACAGUAUGAUACGUUAAAAUCCGUUUCUUUUCCAUAAUUAUUAUUUGAUUGCUCAAAUCAGCUCGUAUUUCGAAAACAGAUCAAUCAUGAUCAUAUAAGUAAAUGCCAGUCAUUAUCGAUCUUACAUUGCUUACAAUUAAAAAAAAAAAUACUUUAGACUAAUUUCCCACCAAUAAAUAUGUAUUUAAUAAGCUAUUAACUGUUCUACUAUAUGCACGAUUUUAGGAUUGAUUUUAUUGUACUCAUUUUCUUACCUUUUUAAAAUAGAAAUCAAGUUCAAUUAUAUAUAUCUGCUUGUCUAGUGAAAUUAUUAUGACCCUUUUCUAAUGGAUAAUUUUCCCUUCAACUGCUUCUCGUCUCUUUAGUUACCAACUAUGUUCAUUUAUUUUUAUGUUCCGGUGAUGAUGAUCUGUGUAAUUUUAUUUCUUGCUUUGGUUGUAGUUGAAUAAAAUAUCCUCGUGCUACUGAAAUAUUUGUAUGUGUAUUUUUUUGUUGGUUUCAAUUGCUUCAAUGCAUACAAAUAUGAGUGUCAAGAACGCCUGAAAUUCUUGACUUUAUUCGUAUUUCAAAAAUUUCACCACGUUUAAGUAGGGCUUACGAGUCUGUAAUGCUAAUCUAUUUGUUCUUGAAUAUUAUUUCCCCUAGCAAAUCCUUAACCUACCUAUGUGGUUGUUUUUCAACUUUUUUGCCUUGAUUUAGAUAUCAACCAUAGUUAUCUGGUUUUAAUGCCAUUUGAUCGAUAGUUUUCGCUUACUGUAUACCGGAGACAACAUAUAACUUGCAAUUCUUCCUACUGGUUGAGUUUGUUUGUAAGAUA